AAAUUGGAUUGAAGUUGAGUUUAUUAAGCUGGGUUAUCAAAUUCUGUAACCGAAAUAGUUUCCGAACCUAGUAUUCAAGAUCUUUCCUAAUCGGCCAACUUUGUCGUCUCCGAGGCCCUCUUCGGUCACCGAUUAACUCGCCGGCGGUCUGUACUCUCGUCAAAGCUAGAGGACGCGUACACGACGUCAUUUUCCUGGAAUUUCCAAGACAAAAUGGAGGUUACUUAUAAUGAACAUUCCAUUGAAGAGGAGGAGCAUACACUUUUGCAGCUUGAGAAGGAGUUGCAGGAUGUAGAAAGUUCAAUAAUUAUUCUGAAUGCCAAUCUUGAAGAACUGAAUCAAAGAAAGGCUAAUGCUUUUAAUGGGACGCAUUAUCUACAAGGGACAAUCAAUAAGAAGGGUGCUAAUACUAUGGUGCAGAAAUUGUUAUCACUGUCGGAGUCCAUGAAGGCACUGGAGAAACAAGAAUCUGAUUUUCAGUCCCAUUGUGAUGCAAAUAGAUCUAAAUUGCAAGCAGAGAUCAGUGAACUGGAGGAACUAAUAUCGAAUGAAAACGAUGACAAAACCCUCUCUAAUGGUUUUUGUCAUUCUUUACAUGAUUCCCUUGAGAGACUUAAUUCAGCAAAGAGGGAACUUGCAACUAAAUUAAGGGCAAUUGUAUUGCUGAAGCGGAAGCUUGAUGAAGUGCCAUCACAAGCAGAACUCAUCCAGUAUGAACGCGGUUUUUCAGAUCUUAAUUCUAAUAUACAGGGAAAGCUUCAACAAACUCGUAAAUACUAUGCUACAUUUAAUGCUUUGUUGGAGAUAAAAGAUCUAAUGCUAAAGGAGACGUCCUUGUUGAACUCCAUAAGUUCACAGUUUCAAAAUGCUAUUACUAGCACCGCUGGUCGUACGAAACUUACAGAUUCCAUGGAUGGAAUUGUCAAGGGAACUCAACAGAAGCUGGAAAAGGUGCAACUCAUGCUAGAGAAAGAGCAGAAAGUUUGUGAUGCUGUCAAGGAGAAGUAUGCUACGGCAAUUGCAAAGCAAAGGCACAGUUAUUCUCUUUUACAAGAUUUCCAUGAGGAAUGUGCAAAGAAUGAGAGACUUCGGAACCAAACUUCAGAGAGCUCCCAUUAAAUGUGAAGAGCUUUUGAAGCAUUACUCAGUUGGAGAGCUAAUGUUGAAUCUAUCAGGUGUGUGAAUAUAGACAAAAUGAAUAGUUCCUGAAUUUGAAGAUUGAUAGAUGGUCGUGAAAUUAAAUGGAUGGUUGCAAAGUUCGAAGCCAAGAUAUAGAAAUAGCUCCAGAUUCUGAUUCCCUUUUUAUUUUGAAUUUAUUUAUUAAAAAAAAAAUUAAAAAAUUGGUGAUGUUCUCUAUUGGUUAGUCAGCAUUAGGCUAUUAAUACACAUUUGAGAUACCAUUUAAAAGAGAGUAAGAGUUGAUGCCUAUAAUAUCACAUGUAAUAUGAUUAUAGUUGGAACUAGUCUUGUGUUGAAAUCAAUUUGUUGUCUUA